ACUGCAUAAUUUAUAAUGGAGGGAAUAAAGUUGUAUGUGGUUAUAGUCUGCUUACUUGCUUGUGAUGCGUAUGAUAAACCAGCAGUAUAUUCAUCUGAAGAAAAGUAUCCAGAUUCCGAUGAUAAAACUGUGUAUCCAGAAGGAUAUAAAGCCUUAGAACAAUAUCCAGAUUCUUCUGCGAAAAAAGCUUAUUCACCAGUUUAUAAAUCUGCAACAAAGUAUGCAACUUCUAAAGGUUGUGGACCUUUUAAUUGCUACUAUGCCUUUGAUUGUGGAUUUGCGCCGCAAUUAUGCACUUCAAACUGCUUGAAACAUAAAGGAUGUAAUUUGGGAAAUUGCAUAGACAAUAGUUGGUGUUGCUGCGAUGAUUGUCCCAAAAUCUAGUUAAAUGUCGAAGAAUUCUUAAAGAAUCUUUGUUUCGCUAAUAAAAUGUAUGUCAAUUU